GGGUGUCGGGUCGGCCUGUUUCUAUAAACUGGGAUCCUGCGUUGGCCAAUUUCCCAGUCUAGACUGGUGAAAGGCUAGCGGCUGACUCCUUAGGGAGCCCGUAGGAACCCCUCGGGCUGAUGUUAGCACAGCCUCGACUUGGUUUGCCUGAAAGAAAAGCCUAAAUACAUUAGUCAGAGGGCAAAGCUUUUAAGGCCUUCUUGGGAGUGAGUGGCUGGCUAAUGAGAGGUUAAUUUUGUUUCGAAGGGAAGGCUGCGCUGGUUUCCUGAGAUAAAUGGACAGGAAGCGCAUUACCUCCAAGCACUGGCAAGCAGCUCCCAAAUGCUUUUUGCACCUGCUGCUUCUAGCCCUGCGAGCCAGAAGCAAGCCGCACUGGAGUCUGUUAGGGAUCAAGGAGCCCAGGAUGUGAGCGCGGGUUAUGAACCCCUUGCGCUCUCUGGGGUCCCUCUCUCUCUCCAGGGGCUCAGCGCUCACACGGAGCCCUGGGGCUCUUCUCUUACACCUAGGUCCUGCGUGUUCCGGAGCUCCCGGGCAUCCUGAUCCUGCUGAGCCCCUUCCGGGUGCAGAAGGGUUAAGAAUGAUGAAGAAGAGGAGGAAGCGAGGCGAGCCCCCCGGCCCAUGCCGCAGCAAGAGGCCCGGCCCAGCCGCUGCGCCCGCGCCGCCGCCCUCCUCCUCCUCGCCGGAGCGCACGAGACCUGCAUGGACGGGCAUGGGCGUGAGAGCAGCACCUUCCUGCGCCGCCGCCCCCGCCGCCGCCGGGGCUGAGCUGGGCCGCCGCCCCGGGCUCUGGCCGCCGCCGUUGCUGCUGCUGCUGCCGCCGCUGCUGCUGCUCAGCCUUGGGCUGCCCCACGCAGGUCAUUGCCAACAGCCAGCUCAGUGUCGAAUACAGAAGUGUACCACAGACUUCGUGUCCCUGACUUCACACCUGAACUCUGCCGCUGAUGGCUUUGACUCUGAGUUCUGCAAGGCCCUUCGCGCCUAUGCUGGCUGCACCCAGCGAACUUCAAAAGCCUGCCGCGGCAACCUGGUGUACCAUUCUGCUGUGUUAGGUAUCAGUGACCUCAUGAGCCAGAGGAACUGUUCCAAAGAUGGACCCACUUCCUCCACCAACCCGGAAGUGACCCAUGACCCUUGUAACUACCACAGCCAUGGGGGAGUCAGAGAACACAGGGGAGGGGACCAGAGCCCUCCGAAUUACCUUUUCUGUGGCUUGUUUGGAGACCCUCAUCUUAGAACUUUCAAGGAUCACUUCCAGACGUGCAAAGUGGAAGGGGCCUGGCCACUCAUAGACAACAAUUAUCUUUCGGUUCAAGUGACGAAUGUGCCUGUGGUCCCUGGAUCCAGUGCGACAGCUACUAACAAGGUCACUAUUAUCUUCAAAGCACACCACGAGUGCACAGAUCAGAAGGUGUACCAAGCUGUGACAGAUGACCUGCCAGCCGCCUUUGUGGACGGCACCACCAGCGGGGGUCAUGGUGACAUUAAGAGUCUGCACAUUGUGGAGAGAGAGAGCGGCCGCCACGUAGAGAUGCACGCCCGCUACAUAGGCACCACAGUGUUUGUGCGACAGCUGGGACGAUACCUAACCCUCGCUAUUCGGAUGCCUGAAGACUUGGCCAUGUCCUAUGAGGAAAGCCAGGACCUGCAGCUGUGUGUGAACGGCUGCCCCACGAGUGAAUGCAUUGAUGACGGACAAGGCCAGGUGUCCGCUAUCCUGGGGCACAGCCCGCCUCGCAGCACGUCAGUGCAGGCCUGGCCUGGCUACACACUGGAGACGGCUACCACCCAGUGCCAUGAGAAGAUGCCGGUGAAGGACAUCUACUUCCACUCUUGUGUCUUUGACCUGCUCACCACUGGUGAUGCCAACUUUACUGCUGCAGCCCACAGUGCCUUGGAGGACGUGGAAGCACUGCACCCAAGGAAGGAACGCUGGCACCUCUUCCCCAGCAGCUCUGCCGGACGCAGGGAUCUGCCUGUCAGUCUCGGACUCGCAUGCUUCAUCCUCAUUCUGUUUCUGUAGGG